ACUUGUGUCCGUUAUGACGUCAGCAGAAAAGAAUGACGUGAUUUCCUCACACAAAGGAAGAUCAGAAGAGAGACGCGUUUGCAAAUCAGAACUCAUGGAUGCUGAUCAAAGCACCGAGACUCGUCUGGAAGAGCCGGGCUGCUGCAGUAUACUGACACUGCGUACGCUUUCCAAAAGGUGUGUGGAUGUCCUGCUGGAUAUUAGUGAAGAAAUCUCUGUCAAAGAGCAGGAAGCUUACGAGAUUCCCAACCAAACAAGCUGGGAUGAAGCUAUCCAAGGUUGGGGUCGAUAUUCCCCUUUUUCCUGCCUGUUUAUAGCACAACAAAAGAGCAAGAAGCUGAAACCAGAGAUAUCAGCAUCCCAUUGUGUUCUCUGCGCUGAAUUGAAGGACCUAAAACUCUCCCAACACCUUGAUCUCAGCCAUGCUGCUUCUGAACCUUCUUACGAGACACCUGAAGAGCCUUUGAGAAGCAACGUUCCUCCAACUUCGGAACAUCUAAACAAAACCCCAAGCACCAUUACUUCUACCUCAUCCUCCGAAGAAGAAGAACCAGCACCAUCUGAUUUCACUCUUAAGGAGAACAACAUAAGUCCGGUCCUGCUUGGACCUGAACAGUACACACCUGACCAAGUUCUACCUCACGCACCACGACCGGAUACUCCAUGGCAGUUUCUGAAAGAUAGAAAUGUUGGAAAAGUGGCACUGCUUGGUCGAGUUAUGGUGUUGCCACCGGUAAAAGUGCCAACAAGACCAAAUUCUUAUCCAAAGAGCUUGAAUUUAUUCAAAAGAAGAGGAGAAGAUAGCGCCCCAAGACCAGAUAUGGUUAGUGAGAAAGUUGAUCGAGAUCAAGAAAAAGCAGUGGGUAUUUAUCCUCCCAGCUCAACUCUUGGCACCAUCCAAGGAUCUUUGAUGUCUAAGCAAGGACCACUAAUGCAGCACCAGUAUGACCUAGUAUCCACUUUAAACAUGUCCAGAAGGCAUCAGAGUCUCGUCAGCACCUUUGUUGAGACACAACCCAGUGCCAUGUCUCUGGGACGAAAACUCAGGCAGAAUGAGCGGAUCAGGUCACCUCUAAGGCACCACUCUGGGCACAGAUCACGGUUAAGCCUCAAAGAUAGAAGUCCGAGGAGGGCAGAACCUGAGCUUCCAAUGCUGCUGGGAACCAGGGUCCAGAUCCCAGUGUCCACUCAGCGAUUACUCUAGGUGCUCGUUGUUUCUCUCUCUCUCUCUCUCUCUCUUCAUUAAAAGAUGACAAGUCGAAACAACAAUGUGUUUUCUCAGAAUGAAAAGAUUAGUUCAUUUAAUUUGCAUAUCAUUUAGUAUAUUAGGGUUUUAUAGCUGAUCCUUUUUUUAUCCUAAGCAACAAAAAUGCUUAAA